AUGCCCCCUAAGGUCGGCUCCUCGACGGCAGUAACCGCCUCCAGACUACCACCUCUACCCAACCUGCGCGUGCGGCGGCCGAACCGGGCAGACGUAAAUCCUUGCUUGGGCAUAAUGACUUCUGUGCUCGGCUGCUGGGCGUCUUCAGGAUAUGAUGUAGCAGGGUGUGGAGUACUCGAGCAGCAGUUGCGCGCCUGCAUGGAUGCGCCGAGGCCAAAAAACCAAAAGAAGAACAACAUCAACUACCAUCUGUCGCGCAUGUAUCCCAGAAUUGCCGGUCCGCAGAAGCGCAAAUAG